UUACGGUGUGGUGGUUAACGUGGAUCACAUUAUUGCAUGAUAACGACCGAGCUGCACUUCACUAUCGAACUGCCAGGAGAUUUUUUUAAACAAGUUCAGUAUCGAUAGUGAGCGAUAGCUAACGAGCUGGGCUAACAGGUGUUACCAUGUCAAAACAGCCGAUGGGGAAGACACUGCUGCGGAAUGUAAUUCGACACACAGAUGCCCACAAUAAGAUCCAAGAAGAGAUGGAGAUGUGGAAAAUGCGGGACUGGGAGGUCCAGAUGUCCCGACACAAACAUUUUCCAGAUACAGACAGUGUGAGAGGACAGAUGCACUGUGACAGAGUUCCAGAUUUGUCCAGGAACAGGAGUCGAGUUUCAGAGCACGAUGACAGAGAGGCUCGAUACUGGACCCGCAAACUCUAUGAAUUUGAGGCCAGUGAUCCUGACAGAUGGGGACACAGCGGCUUUAAGGAACUUUAUCCUGAGGAGUUUGAAAGUGACAAUGAGAAAAGCAGAGCCGCAAAGAAGACUGGCGGUCACAAAAUGAAGAAGUCCAAGUCUGACACAGAAGCGUGCCUCUUAAAACGAUCAAAGAAGUCAUCUCGCAAGAAGAAAAAGAAAAAGAAGAAGAAAAGCGGGAAUGAAAAGCGAAAGAAAGACGAGUCCUCAAGCAGCGACGUCAGCGCCGAUGACAGAAACGAUACAAAGGACAAGCAAAAGAAGAAAACACGGACUAAGAGCAGACACAAAAACAAGAAAACCAGAGAGAGAAAUGAGGACAGCAGCUCAGAGGACAGCAGCUCAGAGGAAAAAGACAAGAGACGGACUAAAAGUUGUAGAAAGCGAAAGCAGGAGUCCCUGAAGGACUCGGACUUGGAGCUGGGCUCCAAAAAGAAAAGGAGAAAAAACUGGAAGGCAGCAGGCGAGGAGAGCUCAGACAAUAGUCCUACAGACUGAGACACACAGAUGUGAACAGACGCACAGCUAACGAGGAGGAAAACUACUGCAGGGUUGUUGUUUUUUUGUUUUUUUUUAGCCUGGGCUCCACAGAGGGCUCUUGACUGUGGGGCUGGUUUGUGUUGCAUUUUGUUCUACAUCAACCAACUUGUGCCAUUUGUUCCUCUCUGUGGCUGCUCUGAGGAGUAAUAUCUCAUCGGCUCUGCGGUACAGUCAGCAGGCAGCGUGGAGGAGGAGCUGAAUCCACCACCUGCCUCAUCAGGACUCCUGCAGGCUGCUGCCUCACUGAUUGAUCACUCUGCUCUCAGAUUCUCUCCUCAAAUUAACCGUUUUUAUUUAGUUAAAAAGAAAAGAAGAAAUUAUGCAAAUUUUAUUAACUAUACAUCUACUUUUAAUACCUUUUUUUAGUUUUAUAAAGAUGUACUGUUUGUAUUUAGACAAGUGUAUUAUAUCAAAAUAAAUCUAUUUUACUAUUGUCUAUA